UAAUACCUUUCUCUCUCUCCCUCUUUAUUUCGUUCUUUCAUUUCUUCUCUCUCUAUUACCACUCCAUCCUGCCAAUGCAUAGUCAUGAAUUCAUGGACAAGCACGUGGCAUUAUAAACAUAUUUCACUCGUGAGAAUUUUAAAUCGUAAAAAAGUACCAUUUAUAAAUUAUAAAUAAAUAUAGUGACAAUGGAAGGUGAACAGAGAAGUGAUGAUGAUAGUGGAAAAUUAUUUAGUACAAAACAAUUAAAUACAACCGCAAAACCAUCAGAUACGAAUGCAGAAUUUCAAAAGGCAUAUAGGGAACGCCAAAAAAUUAAGAAAAUUGAAAAUAAACGAGAAAGAACCGCAAAACCACCAAAUACGAAUGCAGAAUUUCAAAAGGCAUAUAGGGAACGCCAAAAAAUUAAGAAAAUUGAAAGUAAACCAGAAAGAUAUGUUAAAGUAUUAAUCAUCGAUGAAAUAAGCAUGAUUAGUGCAGAGCUAUUAGGCAAAAUUGACAUGCGUUUAAAACAGAUUACUGGAAGAGGUAAAGCUGACUUUGGUGGCAUAGAUGUGAUUUUAAUUGGGGAUUUACGACAAGCACCACCAGUAAGGGCAACAGCCAUAUAUAAGCCAGUUAAAACAAAUAUUUUUGGACCUUAUUUGUGGAGAACAUUAAAAUUUUAUCAACUGACUGAAGUAGUGAGACAGACUAAUGUUCAAUUUUCGAAUAUUCUAACUAAGAUAGGCAACGGAGAUCCAUUGGAUGAGGAUGAAUUUCAAAUUAUUGAAUCCAGAUUUUUUACCAAAGAAGAUGCCGAAAGAUUGUGUCCUCAUGGAGUUCGUUUGUUUCAUGAAAACGUUCGUGUUGACGCUUACAACAAUUAUGUUUUGCAAAAAUUUGAAGAAAAAAUAAUUUCGACAGCUGACGAUGUGAUCACUGGUCCAAAAAGUCGUGAACAAGAGACUAAUUGUCGUCAGAAACUGCAUAAAAAGAAUCUCAAUGAAGUUGGUGGGUUACCGUAUCAAAUUACUUUUGUUAAAUCUAUGUAUUACCUUAUUACCACUAACAUCGAUGUAACUGAUGGCUUAUGUAAUCGUUCAGUGGGAAAGUUAGUACAUAUGGAUUUUAAUGAAAACAACAAUGUAUGCAGAGUUUGGUUAGAAUUUUGUGGUUCGAAACAUAUAGGUCAAAAAAAAGAAAGAAAGCUGCUCGACUGGCAAUUCAAUGUGGUAUCAGUAAUCAUGCGGUACCAAUUGAAUUACGUUCAGCAAACAUUCCAUUGACAUCAGAUAAAAAAGUUAUUGCGAAACGGAAGCAUUUUCCUUUAGUUUCGGCUGCUACGAUGACCAUCCACAAAUCACAAGGUGGAACCUUCGAUGAAAUUGUUUACGAAUACAAUAAGGGAAAUCCACAAGAGCUUGUCUAUGUUGCGCUAUCUCGUGUAACAAACAUCGAAGGUUUGUUCAUUGUAACAUCCAAUAACAAUUCAAAUAACUUCAGAUUUCACCAUAAUCGAGUGCAGGCAUCAUCAACGAAAAGUUUGCUGCAAGAAUUUCAGAGAUUGUCGCUAAAUCCUUUACACACUAAAGCCCAAACGAUCUUGGAUUUUCUUCAAACUAAAAAUGGCAUUUCCACAACCACAUUAAAUUGUCAAAGUCUACAACGCCAUAGAUUGGAUUUGUUGGAUUCUGUAAUUCAAAAAAUUAAUUUCUUAUUUCUUUCCGAAACGUGGAUGAGCAAUGACCAAUAGAUUGAUAUUCCUAAUUUCAACUGCAUUGCCCAUUUCAAGCGAGAUUACGUACGUACAGGUGGAGUUGCUAUCUAUCAAAAUAGCAAUGACACUACAAAUAUUUUAACACCAAAUAUGGACAUAAUUUUAAAAAAUACUAGCGACGUGAAUGUUAGACGUACAGAAGUUGGAGACAUUUGUUCAGCCAUAUGUAAAAUGAACAAAGGAGUUGAAACUGUCAUGGUAAUAGUCUACAUUUCACCAAAUAAAAAAAUUGAAGAUGUAAAACAUUUCAUCCAUCGAGCGCUUAUUGAAUAUACUGAUGUGGUUUCUGAAAUACUUGGUGGAAACUUCCAUCAGCUUCCAAUGGUUUUAUCUGGAGAUUUUAGAAAAAUUUAAAUUACUUAUAAAUAACAAUCCAAAAGAAUCGACAACGAGAUACGGUACUACUAUUGAUGCUGUUUUUUCGAGGUAUUUGCAUAAAAUAGAAUCACAAACAUAUGUAUCAUAUUUUAGUUACCACAAGCCAAUAAUUUCAGCAAUAGAAUUCAA